GUGCUUUACAGAACACCAUGAAAUCGACGCAAAUUCUAUCACGAGUGAUUAACCGGAGGGGACUCACGAAUCUAGCAAAGAAUGCGUGCGCUCUCACCAGUGGCGAAAGCACACGUUCUGCCUCUUCUUCUUCUUCACAUCAAACCCCUCUACAACUAAGAAAUCUGGGAACAGCCAAACUAAAUCCAAAGAGAGCAACGGCUGAGCCAUCGGCAUCCAGGCAAGCAACUGAGAAAGAACUAGAAAGAAAUGUUCUGGCCUCGAAAUUCGAAGAAAUUCCACUCUGCAAUGUUCCAUUUCAUCGAAAGGUUCUUUUGAAGAUUGUGGAGCAUGCCGCUAUGCAUCCCAGUCGAGCUGCUCUGAUGCUUGCUGACGAUCCAUCCGUAUGCAUUAGCUAUUCGGAUCUGCAUAAGCAGACCUAUGCUCUUGCAAGCUUCCUAUCUAACAGUGGCUUUGGACACUUGAGCGUGUGCUGCAGUGUACUUCCCAGCUGCAUAGAAUUUGUCCCAUCGUAUUUGGGUACGAUGAUGGUAGGAGGUGUUAGUAUGUGCGCAGAUGAAAACUGUAUCAAAGAUGAGCUUGAAAGAGCGUUCACAACUAGCCAAUGCAGAGCGACAAUAACUAGUUUUGCUCUACUGUCAAAGGUGAUGGCAGCAGCAAAAAGUUGUCCAUUCAUCAAGACUAUCAUUUGCGUUACUUCAUCUGCAGAUCAGCUACUACCAGAAGGAGUUGUAAAUUGGGAAGAUGUGAUGCAGACACAUACAGUACAAUUCCAAAAGUACAAAUACAGUGGUAAUAACGCAGCCUUCAUCCAGUACCAGUCGGGAGUGCCAGAAUCACGAAAUGGAAUAGUUAUGUCACAUAGUAAUAUCUCAACAAUGUUAGAUGUAAAUUCAAAGUACUUCACAGACUAUGUCUACAAAAGGAUGUUCUUUGAUAAUAAAGAAGGAAAAUAUGAGCCCUGUGAUGAACAUGCUAUUCUCUCCAUGCCUUUCAACCAUAUCUUUGGUUUCGCACAUCUUAAUCGGAUUCUAUUGGAGGGCAGCACGGGAAUAAUUGCCACAAAAAGCAACACUGUCCAGCUACUGGAAAUGUUGCAGAAAUACAGGCCCAAGGUCGUUCACAUGCUGCCGGAGACGGCAACUGCUUUUGUGGAAGAUCCUAUAGUGGAUAAUUAUGACAUAAAAUCGCUAGAAGUGGUAUUAAUUGGCGGUGCACCAUUCUCUUCCUCACUUAUGGACACUUUUUUGCGGAAGUUUAAUCACGUUAGAUUUAUGAUACCAUUUUACGGUUGGCCAGAAUGUGGAGUCGGGUUCGUGUCACCAAUGCGAGUACGGCAUGGGACAGCGACAAUACUGCCGACAUUCCACCAAAAGGUUAUCGACCCCAUUAAUGGUGUCGCACUUCCCGCCAGCACCGAAGCGGCUCCGGGGAUAUCUCUUCUAUUGUCGAUAGCGACGGCUGGUUCCAUACUGGCGACGUUGGGGUAAUGGACAGCUUAGGACAAACGACCAUUGCAAGCCGCUGAAUGAAAGAAGAAACUUCGACUGAUUGUGACUGCUUCGAAGGAGACAGACGCUAAGAUGGUGUGCAUAAAAAGUCAAUAACACCUAACCUUCAUCACCCUUUACUAGAACAGCAUUCAAAUUGCUGUAACGUAGUCAUAUUGUAUACUUUUUAUUCCUUGAAUGGCCAUACCACGCGAUGGAAUCGUUGCUGAGUAGCGAUCAGAAGAGGAUACUCUCUUAGUGAUUGCUCGUUCAAGCUUCGCCGCAACUCGGUGCACUUGCACACUUUGCGUCGUUCGUACAUUGUCUGUGAUUCCACUAUUGCUCUUGUAUAAUUUACAUAUUUGUGAUGAUGCUCGCAU